AGCGGAACGAAAAACAAAUACGAUUCCGCUGUCGGGAAAUUAACAGUGUAACAUCCAGCGGAAGUAAACAACACAGGAGCUAAUCACGUUAGCUGCUUGGAAGAAGUCUCAGCAGGACAAUGAGACAUCUCACUUGUAAUUAAGCAACAAUGUCUUCAAUUCAGUGUUUGAGAGAGUUCAUCAACGAGCGACUAACUGCUGCUGCUGAAGAAAUAUUCCGAGUUUUUCAGACAAUUAUCGUUGAUUACGAGGAAGAGAUCGAUCGUCAGCGCAGACUGCUGGAUAUCGUUUGGAAACCUGAAAUAAAGUUACAGAGAAUAGAGCUUCUACAGCAGAAUGUCUGUGAGGAAGAGGAGGUUCUCACUGACCAGCAGCCCUGUAACCAGGAGAAGAACUCCAGUCUGGCCCAAGAGGACCCAGAGCCUCCACAAAUUAAAGAGGAACAGGAGGAAGUCUACACCAGUCUGGAGGGAGAGCAGCUGGUGCUGAAGCAAGAGACUGAAACCUUUAUGUGGACUCCUACUUGUGAGGAAAGUGACAACAGUGAAGAUCAGACGGAGGACUCUGAUGAAACUGAGAGUGCAGCAGAGAAAGAGCAUGUUGUGAGCAUGUUAGUUAAAAGCUCAGUGGUACCAGAACCAAACAGUGAUGACCAACUCCUCUCUCACAACUCUCAUGUAGCUGAGAGCCAAGAUCACAAAGGAGGCAAACUUGGAGACUCAGGAUCAACCAGAAAUGCAGAGACAGAACCCAAGAAGAGACAUCACAGGAGAAAAAAUCCCACUAACAAUGAAGACAACUCUACCACAUCAAAGCUUCACAGUAAUAUUUAUACAGGAAAAAAGUCUUUAAAAUGCAACACGUAUGGGAAAGCUUUCAAGUGCAAGUCCAAUUUGAACAAACACCUGAGAGUCCACACAGAACUUCUACAGCAGCAUGUCUGUGAGGAAGAGGAGGUUCUCGCUGACCAGCAGCUCUGUAACCAGGAGAGGAACUCUAGUCUGGACCAAGAGGACCCAGAGCCUCCACAAAUUAAAGAGGAACAGGAUGGACUGUGCACCAGUCUGGAGGGAGCACAGCUGGUGCUGAAGCAGGAGACUGAAACCUUUAUGUGGACUCCUACUUGUGAGGAAAGUGACAACAGUGAAGAUCAGACGGAGGACUCUGAUGAACCUGAGAGUGAAGCAGAGAAAGAGCAUGUUGUCAGCAUGUUAGUUAAAAGCUCAGUGGUACCAGAACCAAACAGUAUCGACCAGCUCCUCUCUCACAACUCUCAUGUAGCUGAGAGCCAAGAUCACAAAGGAGGCAAACAAGGAGACUCAGGAUCAACUGGGAAUGCAGAGAUAAAACCCAAGAAGACACAUCGUAAAAGUAAAAGUCACAGUAACAAUGUACAUAACACUACCAUGUCACAGAUUCAGCUGAAUAGCCACAAAGGUAAAAGGGUUUUUAAGUGUGACUAUUGUGGAAAAGCUUUUGAGUAUAUUUCCCAAUUGAAUAGACACCUGACAAUGCACACAGGUGAGAAGCUGUACCCAUGUAACACCUGUGUGAAAAGAUUCUCUCACCUGAGGGCAUUGAAAGUGCAUUUGAGAAUCCACACAGGUGAGAAGCCGUACCCAUGUAACACUUGUGAGAAAAGAUUCUCUCGGCAGGAUAUAUUACAAACACAUAUGAGAGUCCACACAGGUGAGAAGCCGUACCCAUGUAACACUUGUGAGAAAAGAUUCCCUAAAACUAGUGCAUUAAAAGCGCAUAUGAGAGUCCACACAGGUGAGAAGCCGUACCCAUGUAACACUUGUGAGAAAAGAUUCCCUAAAACUAGUGCAUUAAAAGCGCAUAUGAGAGUCCACACGGGUGAGAAGCCGUACCCAUGUAACACCUGUGAGAAAAGAUUCUCUGAGCUGGGCAACUUAAAACGACAUAUGAGAACACACACAGGCGAGAAGCCGUACACAUGUAACACUUGUGAGAAAAUAUUCUCUGAACUGAGCGCACUAAAACAGCAUAUGAGAGUCCACACAGGUGAGAAGCCGUACACAUGUAACACUUGUGAGAAAAGAUUCCCUAAAACUAGUGCAUUAAAAGCGCAUAUGAGAGUCCACACAGGUGAGAAGCCGUACCCAUGUAACACUUGUGAGAAAAGAUUCUCUCAGCUGGGUGCAUUAAACCUACAUAUGAGGGUCCACACAGGUGAGAAGCCGUACAGUUGCAAAACUUGUGGAAAAGAUUUCCCACGUGGAGAUCAUUUGAAGAUCCACAUGAGAGCACACAGUAGGAAAAGAUUGUCAGAUGUCAGACUUGAAAAGACACAUUAGAAUUCUCCAGAUGAGAAGCCGUAUUAUUGGAAAACAUGAGGGAGAGCUUUGUGUUGACUUGACAAUCUACAUGAGAACCUGCUGCAACACAGAGAAGAUUCUGUCAUGUGUGAAGUGGAAAAGCAUAUAAGAAUACCACACAUGCCUGUAGCCUUGUAUGUGUGAAACAUUGCAGUUAUAAUACAAUCACAUAAUGGCAGCACAUGUUGACAAAAAUCAAAUAAACAGGACAAACAAUUGAGCUGAAACUCCUGUAUGCAAGUGUUCACCAACAUCUUUAUAAAUGAAUGUAAAAUAUUCUCCAUGAAGAAGAGUUCAGAAUAUCUUCAUGUAAGCUGUACAUUGUCAACAGUGCUAUCAAGUGUAUUCGAACUACAACCUGUUUUUUGUUUUUUUUUCUUCAUGUUACUGUAACUACUAAUUUUACUGUUCACUCCAGCAUUUCAUUGACAAAUUUGGAUGCAGUAUAGUUUCAUAUUGGGCCUCUAAGUUGUCAUUUAGUCAACUAGAGUCUUCUUGUCUGCAGUGUUUUUUUUUUUUAAUUUUAUCAUUUUAAUGUAUUUUCCUCCCAGUUUAACCUGAGAAAAAAUGUUAAUUGUUUGCUGCUGUAGUGAUGACGCACAAAUUACAGAUGAUGUUUUGAUGUUGA